GUGGACGGGGGGCGCGCUGAGUGGCGGAGCGGGCUGAGGUCUCGCACGCGCGCGCGCGGCCGAGCCGCGCCGGGGGAGCUUCAGAGGGUAGUUCUGGUUGAAGCAACUUAGUCUACAUGUGCUUCAGUAUCCACUGGAAGAAUGACAGAUGACAAAGAUGUACUUCGAGAUGUGUGGUUUGGACGAAUACCGACCUGUUUCACUUUGUAUCAAGAUGAAAUAACUGAAAGGGAAGCUGAUCCCUAUUAUUUGCUUUUACCUAGAAUAAGCUACUUGACAUUAGUAACGGACAAAGUAAAAAAACACUUUCAGAAGGUUAUGAGACAAGAGGAUGUGAGUGAGAUAUGGUUUGAAUAUGAAGGCAGUCCCCUGAAAUGGCAUUAUCCAAUUGGUUUGCUAUUUGACCUUCAUGCAUCAAAUACGGCCCUUCCUUGGAACAUCACAGUGCAUUUCAAGAAUUUUCCAGAAAAGGACCUUCUUCACUGUCAUUCUAAGGAUGUCAUUGAAGCUCAUUUCAUGGCUUGUAUAAAGGAAGCAGAUGCCUUAAAGCACAAAAGCCAAGUCAUCAAUGAGAUGCAGAAAAAGGAUCAUAAGCAACUCUGGCUGGGGUUACAGAAUGAUAAAUUCGAACAAUUUUGGGCCAUAAAUCGGAAACUCAUGGAAUAUACUCCAGAAGAUAGUGGAUUUCGUUACAUCCCAUUCAGAAUAUAUCAGGCAACAACUGAGAGACCUUUUAUUCAGAAGUUAUUUCGUCCAGUUGCUUCUGGAGGACAGCUACAUACACUGGGAGAUCUCUUAAAAGAAGUUUGUCCUACUGCAAUUACUCCUGAAGAUGGUGAAAAGAAGAUUCAAGUAAUGAUUCAUGGAAUUGAGCCAAUGCUGGAGACACCAAUACAGUGGCUAAGUGAACAUAUGAGUUAUCCUGAUAAUUUUCUUCACAUUAGUAUCAUUCCCCGACCUACAGAUUGAAGGAUCAUCUAUCAGAUGCAAGGAAUUAUCCUCAAGAUGGAUUUAUCAGGGCAUGUCAGCCUUUUACUUCUGUUGGGGUUGGUGGAGGCAACCUGACCAGAAAAAAAAAAUUCACUGCUGCAAGCCAAACAGGAAAAAAGAUCUCAUCACCAGAUAAGGGCAAUUGGGCUGGUCUUACUUUGCUUCACCACUGCUUUUCUCCACUGUCGUCAUUUAAACCUCAGUUGCGAUAUGAAAGACUUUACAGGACCACUGUAAGCUUGCUCUUUUCUUGUAAAAUGUAAUGAAGUUGAAACUGUCAGCCUGAAGAGCAAAUGGAAAUAUGUGCCACUUGAUUUGUAUUUCUGAUGAACAAAUAAACAUGGGUAUUUCCUAAAGUACUAGUGGUUCAACUUUGAUGAGAGUGGAAAUGUUGGUUUAAUUUUCUAGAAAAUGAGACAUUAGGAGAGAUUCAGUUAUCAAUAACUUGUAGUAACUUUUUGUAAAAGAUCAAAUUACAGUAGACCCAUUUUCCUUAAUGAGAAUUUCAUAUGUUUACAGUAUGUCUAUUCGUAUGCAUAUGGUCUUUUAACUUUGAUAGCAAGCAGUGAGAUUUUUUAAAAUAAAACCUAUGAGCAUGUUUUAUUUAAGAUCAUACAAACCAAGUCACAAAUAUUAGGAUUUAUAAGCAGUUGGUCACUAAAAAUGUCCUAGUAUAUAUUAGAGCAUAUUAAACUAUGCCCUAAUCCCUCAAACCAUUUUUCAUUAAAAUGGUAAUGUCAUAGGGUAAUUUUGUCUCGGGAUCUGUGGUGUCAUUUCUCUUUGCCAAUUUAACUUUUUUUCUGUGAGAAUAUUUUCUUUAAUCAGUAAAGAAAAAUGUAAAAGGAUGUUACAGAUUAUCAUACCAUUCUAUUUAUUCCCAUAGGCUAGAAGGCAGUUAAGUCAUAAUAUGAUAAACAGAUGUAUUGUUUUUAAUAAUUUUGAAUAUUGGAAGCUGAGCCUUUUCUAAGCUAGUUCUUCAUUAUAUCUGAAUUUAUUUUCUUACUGUGGCAAUCAGCCUGUGAAUUUUAGAAGCCUAAAUCUCAUCGAAAUAGAUUUCCCUUAACUUACAAAUAUAUUUUUCACGAUUUGACUUUAAUGUUUUUUGAACUUCAUCAUUGCAGCUGCUACUGGGACCCUACCAGCUUUCCAGGUUACGGUACAUUCAUCCAAUUGUGCUGCAUUGCUUUGUUUGACAGUCUCGAUUGUUGUGGCACAAGAGUGUGUUAUAAAUAUACUAUCAACUAAAUGUUUUCCUGAAGAAAUGCAACCUCACCAAAAGAGAAAAUAUUGGAAAUUAUUACUGAAGCUGUGGCUCACUAAUGGCCUAGUAAGUCGCAGUGCUGUUGCCUUUUUUCCUGCUGGCCUUCUUUGUAGGAUCAUUUACCUGUAUAUGGAUGAAAAAACAAAGCAGACUCAUGCACAAAGAAGCAACACUGAGACAGUGCAGAAAUCGAAAGAAAGAAAAACCCUAAAAAGCUAAUAAAAAAUGACAGUGUGACUGAGAUUGAACAGAAGCAAAUAGGAAUUGUUUUAAGGAUAUAUAAAGGCAGAAAUUACAUUAAGGAGAGACAAGGGAAAAAGUAAAAGUGAAAUAGAUAUGUUGUAAAUAUGAAGAUUUGAAGGAAU